GCUAUUUUAGGGGUUAAAAGCUGUAGUCACCGAUGCGUAUAUAUUAGGCUGUAUUCAUAGAACACAGCUUGUAGCCUGACUCAGGCUAUUACAGUCUAACUACAGUGACCAAUAGAAAGAAAAGAAGAUCCAAGAAAGCUGAGGCAAAUGAUGACUCUAAAAGUCUGUCCAAGCCUUUUGCUAUUAUUCUUAGCUCAUUCUGUGUGGACUCGAACUGUGAGACAAGUUUAUGAUGACCUGGAUCCUGAACAUUGGUCUCACUACACUUUUGAGUGUCCACAAGAAUGUUUUUGUCCUCCUAGUUUCCCCAAUGCAUUAUACUGUGAUAACAAAGGUCUUAAAGAAAUACCUGCAAUCCCAGCAAGAAUUUGGUACCUCUAUCUUCAAAACAACCUAAUUGAAACAAUUUCAGAUAAACCUUUUGUGAAUGCCACUCAUCUCAGGUGGAUAAAUCUGAACAAGAAUAAAAUCACCAACAGUGGAAUUGAGAGUGGUGUGCUGAGCAAGCUGAAAAGGCUGCUUUACUUGUUCCUUGAAGAUAAUGAAUUGGAAGAGGUGCCUGCUCCAUUACCAGUGGGCUUGGAACAGCUAAGGCUGGCUAGGAACAAAAUCUCCAGAAUCCCAGAAGGAGUCUUCAGCAACUUGGAAAACCUUACUAUGUUAGAUCUGCACCAGAACAAUUUGUUGGACAGCGCUCUUCAAAGUGACACCUUCCAAGGACUCAAUAGUCUUAUGCAACUCAACAUAGCAAAAAAUUCACUCAAAAAGAUGCCUUUAAGCAUUCCAGCUAACACACUGCAGCUGUUUUUAGACAACAACUCCAUUGAAGUGAUACCAGAAAACUACUUCAGUGCAAUACCCAAAGUGACUUUCCUUAGGCUGAACUACAAUAAACUAUCUGAUGAUGGUAUUCCCCCAAAUGGGUUUAAUGUUUCAUCUAUUCUAGACUUACAGCUGUCUCAUAACCAGCUCACUAAAAUUCCACCUAUCAAUGCUCGUCUUGAGCACCUUCACCUUGAUCACAACAGAAUCAAAAGUGUCAAUGGUACUCAGAUAUGCCCAGUCUCAAUCACUGUAGCAGAAGACUACGGUUUUUAUGGUAACAUACCUCGCCUCCGCUAUCUACGCUUGGAUGGAAAUGAAAUUCAGCCUCCAAUUCCAUUGGACAUCAUGAUAUGUUUCCGACUACUGCAAGCUGUUGUCAUAUAAACAUAUUGCAGUGUCAGUCUUGUGCUGUGAGAAUUCUAAGAUACAAGUUUUACUGGAAUGGAACUUGUUCUAGCUCAUAAAUCAAGAAGUAACAGUUUUAUUUUGACUUUAAUUUGUUCUUUGCUUGCAUCUUUUCAACAGCUGAAAAGAUUGUUCUUCUUUUCGAAGAGAUUUUGGGUCUACAUAAGACAUGCUUAAUACUUUACCUAAGAAUUCCUAAUGCAAAUAUGUUGAAAAACAUCUGUUGUAAUAUCCCAAAUAUUCCAAAGAGAAUUCUUACCUACUCUAUCUGUCUUGUCAAAACCUACAACAUCUAACCUAUUAACAUCAUUGGUAUAGACAAAUUAUAUCUCCAUGUAGUUGUUACCUAGUAACUAGCAUAAAGAAUGUGGAUACACUUGGCUAAAUAUAUGAUAGAAAAAAUCAUGUUUUACAUGAACACUAGUUAUCAAAACUGUCAGUCUUUAAGAUAGUCACUGUCUAACAAGGAACAGCCACUUAUCAUGUAAAUAAUUCAUAAAUUGUUUUCAUCCCUUGAAGAUGGGAAGACUGAUAUUGGUAUUUUAAGACGUGAAAUGUGUGAGAUUCAGGUCCCAAAGCAAUAUACCAAAUAUAUAUUUCUAUAUGACUUAUUCAGUGUGUGAUUUCAAAACUGAAGUUCACCUGUCCAACUCAGAUCCACGACAAGGGAAUAUGACAUGAAAUCUUACUCUAUCAAAGUGACAAUUUUCUGCUGUUUCAUUCUUCAGUAUUCCAUUUCUAAUGGUGACAUCAUUUCUUUCUUCAGUUUUAGGAUUGUCAUUGAGUAUUCGGUUUAUAUUUUGUUUCCAUAGAGAUAAAACCAAGAACAGUAAUUAUUACCUAUCACAGAGUAGGUGCUUCACAGAAGUUAAAAUGUCAAAUUAAUAUAACAGUAAUAAAUAUAAAAUUAAGAAAUUAAGAGAAAACCUCCCCUUCCCCAACUACUCACAACUUACUUUCGGAACUAGCCAAAUAUUUGUAUAGGAAGUGUAUCAGUUUAAGCAAAUACAACAAACUCAGAGCAGUAUUUAAUUAUCAUAUAUACGCACAUAACAACACUGGAUUUUAGAGAAGUCCAGGUAUUUAGAUCACAGGAAAUUCACAACUCACUAACAAGAGAGAUAUAAGCAAACAUCUUUGAUUUUUUUUUCUUCUCUGUUAGUUUUUUUUUUUUUUUUUCCUAAGAUAAUAUACUGGGAUUUCGAUACAUAUCUCAAAUAUUUGACUCAACUCCUCACUGGGACAGUAUGACAUUUUUGUUAUUUCUGAUAGCCAAAAUAAUAGACUAUCCAUCAGUCAUAUUAUUUCAGUCUUCUUGUAUUUGUAGAUAGAAGCAAUUAGUUGCUCUUCAACAUCAUGCACCUAUUUAUAACAUUUCAGGACUGGCCUCUGUAACAGACAUUUUAAACUAUGCAUGUGGUAUAUUUUUUCUUUGAAGAUAAAACAUUUUCUUAAAAGUAGGUCUUUAAAAGUGUUGAGAAUUGCAACUUUCAGAGUUUUUUUUUUUUGUCUGUUUUGUUUUAUUUUUUUUUUCCAAAGGCCUUUCAGAGGCCUCAGGCCUUAUUCUUCUCCAGUGCACUUCUGUAUAUAAUCCAGUAUAGAAACCCAGCAUAGAAAUAACCCCUUUUUCAGAAAUCCUAUUGUGAAAACCUUUAUUAUUGCAGUUCAUUUUAUGUGAUUUCUGGGAAACUUCUGCCCUUUUAGCAAAAUAUUUUCUGUUCCUCUAUGUUCAACCUAUAUGAAAAAAUACAGAAGAUUUAAAAAGUCUCUACAGUAUAUAUGCAUGUUUACCUAUGUUCUUUAAUUUAGUAAUAACAUAGUAAUUUAUUUUUUGAAAAAAGAAACAAUUUUGUGUGACAGUGUUACUAAUUAAAUUAUAACAACGAUCAUCUGCUUGUACUUGGAAAUUAACUUCUACUUACAACAAAGAACAAAUAUACAUAUUCCAGUGUGGAUAUUUACAGGUAUAUAUGCACAUUAUUAGCAGUCCUAAUGGACAAUAUUGAAAAGCAUCCUAAAGUUCCAGCCAAAGAUUAUGACACUUUAGGCACUAUUUGGUUUUAAAAACAACCAACAAACAAAAAAGACUAACCCUUCCCCAAAGAGAUGUCAAGAUUAUCUAUUAGAUAGAUAAUUUAAUCUAUUAGAACUAAAAACAUUCAGGGACAAUGGAAUGUGAAGGUACUGAGUUUUCUUGGUAGGGACAUUAUGUUUUCUAUAAUAAAAUUGCUGUUAAUGGUUGCUUCCCUCAGCCGGUUGAUAUAAACAGAUUUUUUUCCAAUUGAUGAUAUGUGACUGUAGGGUGGAUAGCCUUAUGAAUUCUUCAAAGGUCUUUGUCUGUCUUUGGAACAAUCUUUGUACAUAUGCGGAUUGAUCCUAAGGACUUGUAAUUGGCAAAUCCCAAUUAAUCUCAAUGAAGACAAAAGUUCAUGAUACUUCCUUGGACAAAUUUAUUAGGUUGAAGAGCUGUUGUUACCAACUGCUUUAUGUCUUACACCUUUGAUACAAGCAGCUGACUUCACAUCUGGGAACUGUGUAACAAAAAGAAAACCCCAAGUAUCCUCAUUUAGGCUAAUUUGUCCCAUCUUGAUUGCAGCACAGAAUGAAAAAUAUCUAUAGAAUUAAAUAAUUCCAUGUAAAAUGAAAAAUAGCUUUGUUACUGCACUGAUCUUCAUAAGACAAAUCAACCCUGGUUGGGGGUUGAGAAGUUUUAUUGCAUUCAUAACUCUAUUGCAAUGGUCUUGAUGUUCUAAAUAUUCUGGGAAAGUUGGAGAAAUUCCCUCUCAGAUUACAAUAACAGGCCUAAAUCACAUCAUUUUUGAAUCACAUGACUGUAUUCAUGCUCAAAUCUUUCUACUAUCACAGAUGAAUCAAACAAUAUAAAGGAAAUGGGGAACUAAAUGAUGUAGGCUUUCAGCCACACCUCAUCUAAUUCAUUUGUCAUGCCAGAAGACUAUAAAUGAAACUGUAAAACACACUGUCCUUUUCCCUAUGAAGAGGAUCUCUAAAACAAUGUAAAAAGCAUCAUUGUGCUUGCAAGUCUGAUGUUAAUUCUUCCUAAUCCAUGGUUCCUCUAACUCUCAUCACUGAUAUUUUACGGUUCAGAAAAAAUGCAGCCUCUUCCACUGCAAGGAGGGAGGAGCAGACCACUCAUCUAUCCAGUAUGAAUCCACAACUACCGUCAUAAAGUUGACAUUUGUUUCACUUAAUUACCAGAGUGCAUUACAAACUGAUUUGAAUGGAUUAUCAUGUAAAGAAGCAUCUAUGUUUAGAAGAGGUACGUAAAGAAUAAUAAGUCAAGUCACCUUAAUGACACUGCAACUAUGGUCAAUAGCUAACCAAGCCACAAAUACCUAGUGCUUUGCCAGAAAUGCAUAUUAGGUAUGAGUUAAUUUUGAAAUGAUGACAGUUAACACAGAUGUGCUAACACCUCAGCUCAGGGUAGGCAUGGUUGCACUGUAAAGAAAAGCAUAAAA